CUCCCGGCAGGACCGCGUCUUCGCCAUCCCGGGCCGUUCCCUCCCCGCCAGCGGACGCAGGGAGCCGAGGCCCGGCGUGCGAGGUUGUCAUGGAAGGCCGCCGAGCGGCGGACGCGGCGGGAGCGGAGACCCUGGCCCGCUGAGGCCCAGGCAUGCGGAGUCCCGGCGGGAGCCUGCUCCACUCGCUGCCCCGGGCCUUGCAACACGCCGGUCGGCUGGGCGGCGCGGAGCAGCCGGGCCGCCGAGCACCGGAGAGGACGGUGGGCGGGGACCGCCCCGAGGACCGCCUUCCCCGCGGGGGCGGGGCCAGCGCAGCGGCUGCAGCGGCGGCGGCGGCAGCGGCGGCCUCGGGCGCCCUGCUCGGCGCCUAUCUGGAGCGCCACGGUCCGCCCGCGGCCUCGGGCUUGCCGGCGCCUGCCGGGGCGUUGGCGGGCGGCCCCGGGAGCAGCGGCGGCGGCGGCGGCGGCGGCGUGGUGGUCGGGGUGGCCGAGGUGAGAAACUGGCGGUGCUGCUGCCUCGGCAGCACCUGUUGGUGCCGGAGCCUCGUGCUGGUGUGCGUGCUGGCCGCCCUGUGCUUCGCUUCCCUGGCCCUGGUCCGCCGCUACCUGCAGCACCUCCUGCUCUGGGUGGAGAGCCUCGACUCGCUGCUCGGGGUCCUGCUCUUCGUCGUGGGCUUCAUCGUGGUCUCCUUCCCCUGCGGCUGGGGCUACAUCGUGCUCAAUGUGGCGGCCGGCUACCUGUACGGCUUCGUGCUAGGCAUGGGGCUCAUGGUGGUGGGCGUCCUCAUCGGCACCUUCAUCGCUCAUGUGGUUUGCAAGCGGCUGCUCACCGCCUGGGUGGCCGCCAGGAUCCAGAGCAACGACAAGCUGAGCGCCGUUAUCCGCGUCGUGGAGGGAGGAAGCGGCCUGAAGGUGGUGGCGCUGGCCCGGCUGACUCCCAUACCUUUUGGGCUUCAGAAUGCAGUGUUUUCGAUUGCUGAUCUUUCCUUACCCAACUAUCUGAUGGCGUCUUCACUUGGACUGCUUCCGACUCAGCUUCUAAACUCGUACCUGGGCACCACCCUGCGGACGAUGGAAGACGUCAUUGCAGAACAAAGUGUUAGUGGAUAUUUUGUCUUUUGUUUACAGAUUGUUAUAAGCAUAGGCCUCAUGUUUUAUGUGGUCCAUCGAGCUCAAGUGGAACUGAACGCAGCUAUCGUAGCUUGUGAGAUGGAACUGAAAACCUCUCUGGUUAAAAGCGGUCAGCCUGAUGCCAGUGGCUCUUCCUUCUACAGCAAGAGGACCCUCACGUUUUCUGGAGGUGGAAUCAAUGUUGUAUGAGUCUUACAAACUGUGGUUGUCAAGAGCUAGUGUGCUGUCCAGGCCUAGCGGUCACGUCCCUAGUGGCGGGCACAAGUGCUACUUGCUCAUUGUGGCACAAACAAAACUGACUAGUUUUUAAAUUGCACAAUUUUCUAAAAGCAAGAAUCAUUUUCUGGGUCUGUCAAUGUGGAAGCCGCACCGGCUGCCCCUUGUUAGGCCUGUGAUGCCUGUAGCGUGCACUUUAGUGUUGUUGGAUCGCUUUAUUGCUGGGACUUAGGAACAGAAAUCACCCAGAGAGUUCUUUCUGUUUAGUAUCUUUAUUUAUAAAGCCCAUGGAUAGUUGUCUGCAUCUGUCUUCAAAGGAGUAAAGUCUGCAGUCCUGCACGGAUCAUUGCUGGAUGCUCUUGGCUUAGGUGGUCCUUCCAGAAGGAGUAAACAUGAUGUUUCUGUUUUUGCUUUAUUUCUGUUGUUGUUCCCUUAUUUGUUUUAAGCAGGACAACUUUACUUCAUUUUCUUUGCUUGUGAGAAAAUAAGUGUAUUUCAGUUGAAUGUAUGUUAUCAAGCAUUAUAUCAUUGUGGGUCUUUACACCUUUUCAUAUAAGCUUAAAUCCUACCAUUGUGGGACUGAAGUGCUCUUAAGAUUCCUUUUUGUUUCCACUGUGUUAUAUGCAAAGCAAAAGGGAAAUGAUUUAGUAGGUGGUGGCUCAAAAGGAGAACCUACGUGCUUAUUUCUUUAUGUUGUUUUCACCUGUUAGACCUCAUCAAAGGGCUGUGUGAUUAGCACUCUUACUAAACCAUUUUCCCUUUUUAUAUUACUAAUUAGGCUUUGAAAUAAAAAUUAUUCCUACAAAAUGAUGGGCUUACCAUCUCUGAAGUUGUUGUUCAGGUGGCCUUGUUAGAAAGAAACAAGCUUUAAAAUCAUGUAUAUAGUUCCAUUAAAGUUCUUAUAUAUUUGUCCCCAUAGUCUUCAGCUUUAAAACUAUAAACAUAAUUUUAUCACAA